AUGGGUGUCGCUGAAUCAGGAGUUGAUUUUAACUCAUUCCUUGCGAACUGCUGCGUUCAAGAUAAAUCACAGGAUGAUUCAUACUGGACUGAGUUGAUUAGACAUGUUUGGGAUAGAAGCGAAUUAAAAAUGCCAAAUCCAAGAUUAAUUGACGAAAUUGCAACAAGAAAUCCGAAUAAUUUACUACGCUUAUUCAGGGAAUGCAUUAAUUUUAUGGAGUUUGUUAAUAAUGCCGAAUCCGCUGACAUUUUCCCACAGAUCAUUUUCAAUCAGAUUUCGGAAAUCUUAUAUACAUUUACAUGCGCUGUUAUAUCAUGCACUACUAAUCCUAAUCAUAUGGAUUAUUAUAACUACGUAUUAGGCUUAGAUAGUAAAGUUUAUGACGAAAUGCCAGAAGAACAACGCAUUGCAGAAAAAUCAAAGCCAUCAUUAUUAACAAGAUACUUAACUGUAGUAUACAAACUAUUUUUCAAGCCAGGAUUAGUUGUUAAAAAAGAUCAGAAAAUUUGGAGUGUUUAUCCCGAAGAUCCGAUAUCAAUGAUACUUCUCCGAUAUGAUCUUGUUUCAUCUCUACUUAUGCUUAUGAAUAUUAACUUGAUUUCCAUGCAACAAAUCCCAAAAAUUAAUUUCAACAUUGAAACACCUUUCCCUUCUGAGCAAUUCCUUAGAUCUGUCUUGAACAUAUCGAAAUAUACAGACAAAAUUGCCAGUGAAAAGAUGACAAUGCAAUAUAUCCAGUCUUCUAUCAUUUUCUGCCUUUCCGCUUCAUUCUGGCAGCCCGAUUUCGUUCAAAAAUUAACCAACAUCCAUCCUCAAGAGAUAGUUCUUUCAAUUGCCGGAUCAUCAAAAUUACCUUUCCCAAGGAAGCCGAAUUUCACAAGUACAUCGUUACUAACAUCAGAAUGCCUUUCAAUGUGCUAUCUUUGCUGCAUCUGGAAUCGCGAUUUGAUCACUUAUAUUGCACAAAACCAAAUUUCGAAUUUAUUUAUUUACGAAUUGUUGGCAUUGUCGCAAUAUACCUUUGAAUCAAUCGGUUUGACUGUCGUUCAUACGUUUAUUUUGUCAUUAAUCGACAUUUUACUUUUGGAAGAGUCCUCUUGCCUUGAACUCAACAAAUCGUUUACAGGUAGCUUUGAUUGUACAUUUAGACCACAUCGUGGUAACUAUUGCGACAUUCUUUUGGAAUUUAUUUUGAAUAUUUCUUCAAAAGAGACGGAUACAUUGAUUUGCCGCAUUAUCAAGAGAAUGUUACCAACAGCAAACUUCUCUGUAUCAUCAUGUUACAAACUUUUCAAGUUUUUCCCUUCGAAUUUAGAAGGAGAGCAAAUUUCAAUGCUUCUUGAAGGAUUUGCAGGCACAGUUCUCAUGAACAAAGAAGAGACAAUCAACACAAGAGUCUUUAUUAUCCAGAAAAUCAGUUCAAUUAAGAAAUCUUCAGGAGAUUCGACAAAACCACUUGAACAAAUCAUUUCUUAUGUUAAUAACUUUCUUCCUAAGUUUGGAAAGCAGAAAGUAUCACUUGAUGAAGCUAUUAAAAUCAUAAACAGUGUUGAAAUUCCUCAAUCAAACGAAAUUUACCAAACCAAUCAUUUAAUGGUAAAUAUGAGGAUAUGGAAGGAUUGGAGUGAAUUGUUGUUCACCAAAGCACACAACAAAUCAAUCCAGAGAUACAGACAAAUUAAUUUGAACUACCAAGCUCCAGUUGAACUUAAGGAUUAA